UACAAUGUCUCCGUUACCUCCGAUUCCCUUUUGGUUCAAUCUCCAGUUCGACCCCAUUCCACUGGUACACUGAGACCUGGCCUUUCUAUACGACCGAAACUACGUCUGUUGGACCAACCGAGCUCGCAUAUACUACCAUUGUCCUUUGCGAAUUAGCUCCUAUGUCUUUAAUAUAACCCAUACGUUGAUUUAGUGGUGGUUGGAUGCGCUGACAUGGCUUUUGAUGCACAGCGACAACUCUUCGCGCGUAGCGAACGAGUGAAGGGCAUCGACUGCCACCCGCAAGAACCAUGGAUUCUAACUACCUUAUACAGCGGCCAUGUCUAUAUCUGGUCGUACGAAACCCAGCAAAUCGUCAAGACUUUUGAACUUACCGACGUCCCUGUCCGAGCCGGUCGAUUCGUUGCGAGGAAGAACUGGAUUGUUUGCGGUUCUGAUGACUUCCAACUUAGAGUAUAUAACUACAACACCUCAGAAAAGAUUACCUCAUUCGAGGCGCAUCCCGAUUAUAUACGUGCUAUUGCUAUUCACCCUACGCAACCCUUCGUCCUGACCGCCUCCGAUGACAUGACGAUCAAGCUAUGGGAUUGGGAGAAAGGGUGGAAGUGCGUACAAGUAUUCGAGGGUCACAGCCACUAUGUGAUGGGAUUAGCUAUCAAUCCUAAAGAUACCAACACAUUCGCCUCGGCGUGUUUAGACAGAACCGUCAAAAUCUGGAGCUUGGGUUCUUCCACCGCCAACUUCACACUUGAGGCUCACGAAACUAAGGGCGUGAACCACGUUGACUACUACCCUCAUUCCGACAAGCCCUACCUCCUCACGACAUCCGACGACAGGACAGUCAAAGUUUGGGAUUACACUACCAAGAGUUUAAUAGCGAGCCUUGAGGGCCAUACAAACAAUGUAUCCUUCGCUUGCUACCACCCCGAGCUACCUGUCAUCAUAUCUGGUUCCGAGGAUGGCACUAUUAGAAUAUGGCAUGCGAAUACCUACCGCUUCGAACAAUCUCUCAACUACGGCCUAGAACGUGCUUGGUGUAUUUCUUACCAACGUGGCAAGCAGGGUGUGGCAGUCGGAUUCGAUGACGGCGCUGUCGUAGUCAAGUUGGGACGCGAAGAGCCUGCUGUUUCUAUGGACAGCUCUGGCAAGUUGAUUUGGGCCCGACAUAACGAAGUGGUUUCUUCUAUCAUCAAGGGCGGCGACGCUUCGAUCAAGGACAACGAGGCGAUCACUCUUCCCACAAAAGAGCUCGGCACAUGCGAAGUCUACCCGCAGACACUUAUCCAUUCCCCCAACGGACGAUUUGUUGCGGUUUGUGGUGACGGCGAAUACAUCAUUUACACAGCUUUGGCGUGGCGUAACAAGGCGUUUGGUUCUGCGCUGGAUUUCGUCUGGGCGUCGAAAGACAACAGUAACGAUUUCGCUAUUCGCGAGUCAGCAACCAGCGUCAAGGUCUAUAAGAACUUUGUAGAGAAAACUGGUGGCCUUGACAUUCCUUUCCAAGCCGAAGGUCUGACGGGUGGUGUAUUACUGGGUGUAAAGGGCCAAGGAGGUGUCUCUUUCUACGACUGGGCUACCGGUGGUCUUGUCAGACGAAUCGAAGUCGAGCCCAAGGAGGUCUACUGGUCUGACAGUGGUGAGCUUGUCACUUUGGCUUGUGAAGAUACCUUCUAUGUCUUGAGAUUCUCUCGUGAAAGUUACAUUGAAGCAACCCAGGCUGGCCAAGUAGAUGAGGAUGGUGUUGAGGCAGCUUUCGAGGUUAUUACUGAUAUUGCCGAGAACGUACGAACAGGUCAAUGGGUUGGGGAUUGCUUCAUCUACACUAACAGCACGAACCGAUUAAACUAUUUGGUUGGCGACCAGACUUACACAAUCUCCCAUUUCGACCAGCCGAUGUAUGUCCUUGGCUACAUCCAGAGAGACUCGCGAAUAUACCUCGCGGACAAAGACGUAAACGUCACAAGUUUUGCCCUCUCGCUCCCGGUGUUGGAAUACCAAACAUUAGUUCUCCGUGAUGAUAUGGAAACGGCUGCCGAGCUACUUCCCAGCAUCCCUGCAGACCAACUUAACAAGAUUGCUCGAUUCCUCGAGGGACAAGGUCACAAGGAGCUUGCCCUUGAAGUUGCCACUGAUCCCGAGCACAAGUUCGACUUAUCAUUAGCUCUCAAUCAGCUCGAUAUCGCCCUCGACCUCGCACGGAAAGCCGAGAAUGACCACAAGUGGAAGACAGUCGGUGACGCGGCUCUUACCGCGUGGGAUGUCCCGCUUGCGACCGAGUGCUUCACACAUGCGCGAGAUUUUGGGUCAUUACUCCUUAUCUACUCGAGCACAGCUGACCAGGCAGGUCUCGAGUCUCUAGCCACGCAAGCCGAAGAAUCCGGCGCUCACAAUGUCGCAUUUACAGCUAAAUGGCUACUUGGUGAUUCAGCAGGGUGCGUAGAAGUGCUUACGAAGACGAAUAGGCUGGCUGAAGCCGUUCUAUUUUCACAAACAUAUAAGCCGAGUUUGACAGUAGAGGCCGUGAAAGCAUGGAAAGAGAGCUUAGAAAAGAACAAAAAGGGUCGCGUAGCAAAAAUGAUUGGCCUUCCCACCGAAGACGAUGAGCUCUUCCCAGAGUGGGACGAGUGGCUACGGAUAGAAAACGAAGGCGGUGUCGCCAAUGGGGACGUUAACGGCGAAGCUGAAGAAGCCGAGGACGACGAAGCUGAAUCUGAGGCUGAGGAUGAUGAUGAAGAGGAGGACGAGGAGUAGUGCGCUUGUCUGGUCUCGCCAUGUUAAUGGUUAUGAGUUCACCUUAGAUAGGAUGAUGACGAGAUGAGGCUUUUGUUUUGUUUCUAUGGCCAUUAACUAGAUACUCUUAAUGGAGUUGGAGGGAUGAAAUCAGCAAAAGUUGAACAGACAGUCCCGGUUGCAUCCAAAAGAAAAAUGCUCUCUCUGUGGAUACGGAGAAGUCCAAGGUCGCGUGGUAGCUUAAGAGGUACCUAGGUAAAUAAUGAAAUAUGAAGAACAUGUUGCAUAUAACCACUCGUGUUGAUAAUGUUACUAUGUCACAUCACGAAAGCCGUAAACA